AUGUCCGGUUAUCGCGCUAACCCCGGCGGUGGUUCGUGGGUUCGGGGCAGCCAGGACUACCAUUACGGAAUGGCCGGGAAUGCAGGAGGAUACCCACCUCACCACAACCAGCAAGGAUACGGACAGCAAGGACCCUACGAAGGGGGCGCCGGAGCGUACAUGGGCGGCGGCGGUGGCGCCGCCGGCGGAGGUGGUUACCAUCACCAUCCACCUUCGGGUGGCGCCGUGGCGGAGAACCAGAAGCGGUUCACAGGAAAAAUCACCAAAGUAGUGGAUAACUUCGGAUUCGUCGAUAACGACGUCUUCUUCCAAACCGCUUGCGUCAAAGGAAAAUGCCCCCGGGAAGGCGACACCGUGUACUGCGAGGCUACUUUCAACUCGAAAAUGCCUUUCAAAUGGACAGCAACCAGUGUCCAGCUACAGCCUGGAGACGAUCAUCGGAACGGCGGCGGCAAAGGACCGUCACCACCGGUCAGGGGCGGUGCUGGAAGUGGGUCCGGGGGCCCCGGGAAUCGUCGAGCGUCGCCAGGCCGUCGAGCGGAUCAGCAGAGAGACAUGAGGAGAUCUCCCCCAAGAAGGCAUUCCCCCAUGCGUCGGAGACAGCGUUCCAGAUCGCCGAUCGUUCGGAGACCUUCCCCGAAACGAGCUCUCCAAGGGAAACGGAAUUCCCCCGUCAGAGAUAGGUCGCCUCUGGGAGGAAAGCGUAGACAGAACAAACUGAUUCUAUCCCAUAUCGAUAUCGAAUCCACUAGCGGCAGCGCGGCCGAGCUGAAGCGCCGUUAUCCUAACUUAUACAUACCGUCGGACUUCUAUUUUUGUCGGAUACUUUGGCAGUCGUCUUUCCCAGUCUCGAAUUCGCUCAACCUCGAGCUCAGUCAUUGCAGCUACGCGAUUUGUCCGAAGGAAAAACGCCUGCCCGGUGCGAAACCACCGAUCAAAGAACCGUCGGACACCACUUACAGGUACCAAGCGAAAGUUGUUCUUUUGUCAAGUCCUCCGUUCUCUGAUUUUUACGAUCAGUGCUGCUCUCCGGAGCGUCCCGAGAAGUUCCUUAGACAUCCCUUAGAAAUGAUCCAGCUGCUCGUUGGCGUGAAGGACCGAAAGUUCGAGGCUAUCGGAGGACCGUGGAGCCCAUCGUUGGACGGCGAAGAUCCUGAAAAUCCCCAGACGCUCAUCAACACCGCCACCAGGACGGUGCAGUACUUGACCGGAAUCGAUCUUAGCGGCUGUACCAGUUGGCCGCGGAUUUCCGAAAUUCGGUAUCUCCGUGAGAAAGAUGGAAACGAGACCAUCGAAAAGGUUGUGCUAUUUUUCCCCGAUGUCUGGCGUUGCGUACCCACACACCAAGAGUGGACUUCGAUCUGCGAGGAUCUUCGGAAAGAAACCGAGGAGUCCCCUGAAAGUGCGCAAACGGAAGUCGACAAGCCAGCCGACGAAGAGACGACAGCCAGCGUCCAGAACGAGGAAUCACAGGAGUCCUCCGGUGAAGUCCUUCUCCCCGAUGGUUCCGACCCGAAACAGAUGAAGGUCGCGGAUCUUCGGGUCGAGUUGGAAAAGCGAGGCUUGACGACCAAGGGAGUCAAACAGGCGCUCGCUGAACGCUUGAUUGAGUUCCUUCAACAGGAGAAACAGAACCUGAAACAGGAGGAGGCAGCAGCGGCAGCAGCGGCGGCCGCUGCGGCGGCGGCACCGCCCUCGGUUAAGGCGUCCGCUGUACAGGACGAAGAGAUGAAAGACGAGACCACGACCGCUUCCGAAACGGCUAAGGAAAACGCCGAGUCUACGGCUGCGGCUUCAGGCUCUGCUGCCGAGGAAAAGCAGAAGGAAGCCCUUCCGAUUUUCGAUCUUCCGACGAAUCCCGCCAUUGUCGUGCUUCCCAACCGAAAAGUUCACAGGGGCAAGUUCGAUUGCCGCAUCAUAAGUCUGUCUCGUCUACUCGAAUACAGCGAAGCGGAUAAUAAGGAGUUUUUGUUCGAAUUAAACUUAUUCUCUGAGUUCUUGAAAUCUAUGUUCUAUCGUGACCACGCGUUUAACCUCUACAAAAGUAUUCUUGAAGCUCCCGACCUCAACAAAGAGCAGGAGAACCGACUCGCCGCAAAGAAGAAGCGGGAGGAACAACGCAAGGAGGACAAGAAAGAGGAGGCUACGAAAGCCGAGCAGGACGAAAUAGAAAUCGAGAUCAAGGACGAGGUCGACGAGGACUACGAGAAGAUCUACGACGAGAAGACCGUGCGCAACCGUUCUCUUCUGCUGACGUGUCUCUACUUCGAUAUGAGCCACGUGGGCUACCUCACGACGAGAGAGGUCGAGGAAAUCGUUCUGUCCCUCGACUUCAAGCUGUCGCGAGCUCAGGUUCGGUCCGCUCUCAAGAAGGUUGUCAACAAGGACGGCAACCUGGAGUACAAGAAACUCACAAAUCGCGUUCUGAACCCCGAGGAACCACCAGAGGGUUUCGAGCAUCCGAGAAUUCUCUCAUCGGAACAACUGGAUAAGAUAGUUCGAGGCAACAUCGUCGGUGAGGAUGACGACGACAAGUCGGCGUCGGCGGCUCCGAACGCUGCUUUCAUCAAUUUCGACAAGCUCAAGGAACAAGUCGAGAAAAGCGAACGGGCCAAGGUCGAAGUGGACAUUGCCUUGUUGAAGACUCAGGAUGAGCUCAACAAAACCAAGCAUCAGAGCGAACGACUGAAGAAAGAUCGCGAACGCCUCGAGGCCGACCUCGCCAAAUGCAACAAAACCAUAGAGAACCUGAACGAGGAGCUCCGUAACUCGAGAAGGUUCUCUAGUGACAUUCGCUACACAGCGCACAAUGUCAAGAACACUUUGAGGAAAACUCUGGAUAAUCUGGAGAAAUGUCUCGAACGCGAGAAAAAGAAAGACGAGAAGAAGCCGGACGCGAAGGAUUCGAAAACCGAGGGCGAGGAAGGUGGCGACAUUAAGAAGGACGAGCAGCUGACCUCAGGCCAAGAGGACACAUCGGACGCUAUCAAACAGGAACUGACUGACGUAUCCCAGGACGCUAUCGAGCUCAAACAAGACGCCAGUCAGACCGCGGCGGCAGAAACGAUGGAAACGCAGAGUGAUACUCAGGAGAAAUCCGACGAUGUGGAAGCUUCGGACGAGCCCCCGAGCAAAAAAUCCAAACUUAGCGCGCCGCCGAGCAAAACCAAUGGAAAGACCGGCGCAAAGAAAAGGAAGAAUUGAAACAUUCGAAAUUCACUCGACGCCCGUUCAGAGGACGCUUACCACAAGUACGGAGGAGAAUCGAUAUCUGAGCUGGCUAGAGUUAGAAGCUUUGUCUGUCAGCCAGAAAGUAUCUGUAUAUAGAAAUUACAUUAUCCAUUCAUUGAUCAUUCAGCAGAGUUAUGUUCCAUCGUCGGAAAGACCCCUCGAAAGAAUACAAUGUUGUGGAGGAUUCGAAGCUAAACUCUUCAUCGAGCUCCUGUUAUUGGCAAAGCAGAACCGAGACCGCUGAUAAGAUUUCCGGGCGACUGCCGACUCGCCGAUGUUCAUCCUCGGAAAUCUCUGCAUGUCCGAGACCUCGACAGCUUUUCAUUUCUCUACAUUGGAGCACAAUAACAAUGAAGAAGGGAGGACUCUGUGAGACGGCACCCUUAACCGAGAGACGAUGGACGAGUCUCCCGGAGGACGAUUAGAGAAACGUAAAGAUACUGUACCUAAUAAUUCUUACAAGAGGCGGAAGAACGUUCUCUUUGACUUCGUAUUGAGAGCCGCGACAGAUGACAUUGUCAGGUUGAUAGAAUAGUCAUUGACGGCACGAAUACCGAGACACGUUCACCACGAAAAAUGGUAAGUCACGCGCUCCAACAUCGGUGAAGUCAGGGACAGUGAAUUGUCCGGACUGAAUAUUAUUGGCGAUGGGAAGAAUAAAAGAGGAUUAUCAUGCUAA